UCACCCCCAAAUAUGGUAGUGAGAGGAAGUAUAGUUGCGGGUAGUGGGAGCUAGGUGAAACUGGUCUGAUUUUCUAAUCAAUGAAACAUCUUAACUGAAUAAAUUUUACUGGUCCCAAAAUUAAAAUCUGUUACGAACACAGUGCACUAGGUUUUAUAGACUUGACGCUUUGACAACAUGCACUCGUUUUAAAUAACUCAAUGUAAGGUUGAAUUGAGUUUGUGCACACGCGGACUUCACAGAGGAGCGUUCCCUAACGGAAAUAGGGAAAUAAUGCUACAACGUGCCAAUAGGAUAUCGCUAGCUCGUACAUGCCUUCGCCCAUCUCCUUGCUUGUUCUGCCCACUAUGCUUCAUUUGCUCACACUCUAAACGACACAGAUGAACCGUCUUGGGUUAGUCUUUGGUGUAGCCGUCUAUCUAGUAGCUGCUAGCUUAUUCCAGUAGCUAGCUAGCUACCUGUCUUUGAUACUUAUGUGUACAGUUCUAGGAGAGAUAGGAUAUUUGUAGCUAGAUGAUUUUUAUGACGAACAACAAAUAACGUUUGGGAAGUGGUAAGAAUAUUUUGUGAAAUGGACAGACAUUCUGUAGUACUACAAUGUGUUAUUAGCUGUAGCUAAAGCUAGCUAGCAAGUUUGAUAAAUGCAUACACCUAACCACAAGUAAAAAGGGGUGUACGGGUUUAUUAAUUUGUUAGUUACGAGCAUGUUUCUGCGCUAAAUCAUUGGUAAGUGAGCCUCCUAUAACUGACAAGAUAUUUGAGGCACAUCAAGACCACAUUUGGUGUAUUUGACAGCUUGCCCCUGUUUCUAGGAGGAAGAGAUACCUGACUCUCUGGGCACUGUUGUGAUCUGGAGGAGACUAAAUCCAAGUCUUUCCAUUAUAGUGAACCAAACUGGGAAACAAGGGGGGCAGCUCAUCCAUAGAAGACUGGCUGUGAUCUCUGGGACUGGUACCAAUAAGGGAGGGGGCGGGGGGUUCCAGUGUUGAUGUUGUUGCAGUUAUGUCAGAGGCCAUUCUCACCUUCCAGUACCAGCUCAAUGGAGUCAUGGAAACAGUCCUCAAAACCGCUGUGCAUGAGAUCACUCGGCUGGUGAAGGACAGUUUCCUGAAGGAAGUGACCGGGAGCAAGCGGGAAGUGGAAAUCUUGAAGGAGAGGCUGCAGCAGUGUGAGCAGAGAUGGAGGGACGGAGAGGAGGAGAGGAAGAGGAGGGAAGUUGAAGAGAGAGAGCAGAAAAAGAAGAGGGAAGAGAGAGCGCAGACAGGGAUGUGUAGGAGCUGUGGUUGUGCUGGAGACACUGAGGAGAGGGAAGAGGCUCUGUUAGGAGCAGAGGAAGGUUGUGUUAUCAAACAGGAGAUGUUCCAGUCAGGUGGACACAGCGCUCUUCCAGAGAGAGAGGGUCCACAGGAAAUGGCCACACCCAGCUCUUCCUGUGUCUCUGAAAGGAUGGAAGAGAGUGAGGCCCAUGUGGUCCAUAUCAAAGAAGAGCCCAAUGACUGGGAGGAUCUGGUUACCCAGAUGGUCACAUCCACAGAUGCCUCCAUAGUGAGCCUGAGUCGGCUGCAGAGAUUGAGCUCACAUGCUGGGGCUUGGACCAGUGAGCCUCAGCCUCCACCUCCACUCCCAGCACCAUGGGCCAGUGAGCCUCUUCCUUCAGCACCAUGGGCCAGUGAGCCUUUUCCUCCAGCACCAUGGGACAGUGAGCCUCCACCUCUACCUCCAGCACCAUUGGCCAGGGAGCCUCCACUACCUCCAACACCAUGGAUCAUGAAGGAGCAGCUCCUACUUUCAAGGUCAGUGAUACCCACCCAGGGGACAGAGCAUGCUGUGGGGGCCCUCGAAAGCAUCAACACAACGGCACAGCUGAGGGUCAAACCCUUCAGCUGUCCACACUGUGGGAAGAGCUUCCCUCAACUCCGAAACCUGAAAGACCACCAGAAGUACCACCACACAGGGAAGAAGGCCUUCACCUGCUCCCAGUGCGGUAUGGGCUUUGUGUACAUGUGCCACUUCAGGGUACACAUGCAGCGCCACACGAGGGAGAGGGCAUUCAGCUGCUCUCAGUGUGGGAAGAGCUUCAGCCUUCAGAGCGGCUUGGAGAAACACAGGGUCCUUCACACUGCAGAGAGGCCUUACAACUGCACGGACUGUGGGAACCGAUUCUAUUCUAGAGCUGACCUGAAAAUACAUGAACAGAUUCAUGCAGCAAGGUAGACCUUUGAGAUGAAGCAGGUUGAUUUAGAAAAUCAGAGGGGGGGAAAUAACUGCCAACGUGUACUAUGUUCAAUGUAUCUAUAGUUGCUGAUUCAUUUAAUGUUGAGAGGAAUAAAACUUUGUAAAUAA